UUUGUGUUCCCAGCUUUCGGGGAAAGCCAGCGCCGGUUCUUUUCACCUGGCCUUCCUCCACCUGCGGACCAGAGGAGCCGAGAUCCCUCCCGAAAGCCCGGCCUUCGCUGCGUGGCGACCCGGAGCUGCCUUUUUUCCGAAGCGGAUUCCGCUGCGUCUUGAGAUUUGGCCGAAGGAAGCCAGACGAGGGCCACGCAGUCACCAGCCCUGGAGGCAGGCCCCCGUCCGGGGAUCUUAGAAACCCUGCGGUUCAUCAUGAAGUUCCAGUAUAAGGAGGACCAUCCCUUUGAGUAUCGGAAAAAGGAAGGAGAAAAGAUCCGGAAGAAAUACCCGGACAGGGUCCCCGUGAUCGUGGAGAAGGCUCCUAAGGCCAGGGUGCCUGAUCUGGACAAGAGGAAGUACCUUGUGCCCUCUGACCUCACUGUUGGCCAGUUCUACUUCUUAAUCCGGAAGAGGAUCCACCUGAGACCUGAGGACGCCUUAUUCUUCUUUGUCAACAACACUAUCCCUCCCACUAGCGCUACCAUGGGCCAGCUGUAUGAGGACAACCAUGAGGAAGACUACUUUCUGUAUGUGGCCUACAGUGAUGAGAGUGUGUAUGGGAAGUGAGUGGUGGCAGCCCAGCAGAUGGGAGCACCUGGACUCGGGGGUAGGGGGAGGGAUAUGUGUGGGAUGUGGGGAAGAGAUCGUUAGCUCCCACCAUGGAGGAGACAGAAGGUGAAGACAUCUGGAAACACUACACCGUACACACCGUCGUCAUAUUUUCACCUGCUCAGUUGAUAUUUUUUUGCUGCUUCCUCGGCCCAGAGAGAAAGCAUGUCAGGACAGAGCUGUUGGAUUAGCCUUGCUCGAGGAAUGGAGAGGAUAUAAUUUCAUAGCAUUACUGCGAAUUAAUUUUUGUGUGAUUUCUUUUCUUUUCUUUUUUUUUUUUUUUAGAAGAGUCAGGAGGUGGGCAAGUUGGGGCCAGAGUUGAUUGUGGACCAGCAUCACCUUUCAGCUCUCCCUUCUCUUGGGGCAGAGAUUCUCUUUGACAUUUGCACAAGACAGCUGGGGAGGGGAGAGGGGAGGGGAUGGGAAUGUUUUAGGACUACUGGUAGUGGACCAUUCCUGGGGACCAAGAGAGACACAUUGUAAUUCAAACAUUGUACCCCAUCUCUCCUAUCUCCCCUCCUCCUCCUCCUCCUCCUCCUCCUCCUCCUCCUCCUGCUGCUCCCCCUCCUCUUCCUCCUCCUCCUCACCACAUCUCCCCCAUCCCAGUCAUAAUCUCACAGACAUCAAGCACCACCCCAGUGAUGGGGAUAGAUGUCAAGACAGAAAUUUAGAUGGAGCUCACUUUAGGAAAAUAAGAGCCAGGCGUGAAGGACGUGACAAUGAAGGUAGUUUUGAUAGCAUUAACUGGAAUUGAUGAAGUAUUGAACAUCUCUGCCUAACCUGCUCUCUCUCUGGUGCCCCUCAUCCCACCCCUACCUUGGACUUUAAUGAGCCUCAGCCAUUUCCAAUGACAGACUCAGCGGAUGUCCUCCCCUCCCUGCUGUCCCUUCUGUCUCACAGGCACAGAAAUGCUAAGUGAUGGCCAGCUGCUUCCCUCCCGGGGUUUUCAUUUACUGCAGCUGCUAGUUAGGAAAGUUGGAGAGGAUGACUUUUAGUAAUUCGUGGGGCUUCUGUUGAUUCUGAUUAUUUUCACUUUAGGGGUUCUUCUGGGUGGGGGUGGGGAGCACUCAGACAUGACAUUUCAGCUCAUCUCUGCUCAUGAAAAGGGUUCUUCCUGUGUGGGGGAAUCUGGGUGUUGAUUCUGUCAGCUGCAGGUUCUUGUGUAAUGUUUAUGCUGUCAGGCCAAGGAAAUAAAGUCGUUGUAUACCUUCAA